CUGGUUGGGUUGGAAAAGGGGGGGGGUAGGGGAGUGGUGGACUGGGAAGAUUUUGGCAUGAUCUCCGAUCCUUCCGGCGCGCCUGUGACUGUGCCUCUGCCGUGACUGAAAGUAAAAGCAAGCAGCGAAUCGACUCAUGCAUGUUGUACGACUGAAUUGAAUGGUACCCUCUGGUCCAGUCCGAGACGAGGGGAUUGGGUGACGGUGAAGUGUUUACCGCCUGCGCAACAAUAUGGGAUUGAGGGGAGGGGGCCAGAAAGGCCAGAGAGACCCUUGCAUGGCCGCAUCCAAACCCGACUGGAUGCGGGGUGUGCGUGCAGGUGUGCUUGGCGCGGCACUAGGCCAGAGAACGCGACGCGCGAAGAGAUGUGUGCGCGUCUGUCUGGAAGGGAACGAAAUAAACAAACAGGAAAACAACACACACACAUUCCACGCGGCAACCGCGGAUCAGCUCACACUCGUAACCUUCCCCUUGUCCUACUUGGCCAUGCAAGCAACCUGCGUAUGCCUGCUUGGAAUUGGCGGCCCAUGCCCUCCCCCACCAGAAGAGCGCAAGAGCGCGGACAGGCUGACGGGCAAGCGGGCUGUCUAUGAGUGGCAGGCAUGCCAUGUUCAUGCUCAUGCUCAUGUUCAUGUUCAUGUUCAUACUCAUGCGCUCGCACUCGCUCUCUGUGCUCGGCCCAUGGGUGGAUGCUGUCUCAGCUGCGCCAUGUUGGCACACUGCCAUGAUCUCUGUGCUGACAACACCCUGCUUCCCUCGGGCAAUAGUCCUCCCUUCCACCGCUUGGAUGGGUACGAUCUGCCUUCCCUUUCAUCACUUGCUCGGCACCGUGUCCUGCUAAUCCUCUGCCGCUCUCCUUCAUCGCCGUUGGUUGGAGCGCUCGUCGUACCCUCUCGCACACCGCAUUCACUCUCUUUUUCUCCUCCUCUAUAGCAUUCGCGGGCUUGUGUCACCUGCCUCUCUACCACCAUCCAUCAAUCCCCUCUCGUUCGUCACCCUGCUCCGACCCGUGUCCCCUGCUCUCGCUCUCGCCCCAAGAUCUACUUUUACCAAACGUGCUGCCCCACCGCC